AUGUAUCUUCGACAAGCCCCCGCUUCGCGGGGCCUUGACGUCGCUGUGCGCGCAAAGGUUGCCCAACGUGAAGUUGACUUGAUCGCGUGCACUACAGUUGAUCGUCCAGGCCACGCUUCGCGUGGCCAACAACGCGCUGGCGCGCGUUAUACUGCCUCAAGCCCGGGCGGGCUGCGCGCGAGCGCUACCUUCCGUUAACGAAGGGCCGCGCGCCAGCGCUACCUUUCAUCAGCUAAAGGCCGCGCGCCAGCGCUACCUCCCGUCAACGAAAGGCCACGCGCCAGCACUACCUCCCGUCAACGAAAGGCCACGCGCCAGCACUACCUCCCGCCAACGAAAGGCCGCGCGCCAGCGCUACGUUUCAUCAGCUAACUUUGACCGAUCAACUGUUCUUUGGACUUUGCCUCGGCCUUCGGCCUCGGCACAGUGCGCUGCAGCACUCUACAGCAACAUCGCGAAGGUUCCGUGA